CGUAACCCUUUAUAAAGAAGGUUUUUAACAAUUUUUAGCUUCUUUACGACUCCGUCCCAGAAACAAGAUCGCAGGGCUUCAAGAUGCCGUCGCACAAGUCAUUCAUGAUAAAGAAAAAGUUGGCAAAGAAGAUGAGGCAGAACAGGCCCAUUCCACACUGGAUUCGUCUUCGCACUGACAAUACCAUCAGGUACAACGCAAAGCGUAGGCACUGGCGCAGAACCAAACUUGGAUUCUAAGCUUUGUUCUUUCUAAGACUUGUGUUGUGUUCCAAUUUUGAUUGUGACUAUUACGUUGUUAACGUUUGUGUAAGACAAAUCUUUUAAUUAGUUAUGUUUUGGAAAUGUC